UCAGCUUCAUUCUCACCUUUAUCGAUUCUGUCGGCGAGACUGUUGGUCUUCGCUGGCAGCAACUGUUAAUCUUCCGCGUCCUUCUCGCAUUUGGCGUGGGACUCCAGGCAUGCACGAUUCCAGUCUAUCUGGCAGAAAGCAGUCCAACAAUGAGCCGUGAAAAGAUGCUUCGGCUCUGCUCUAUGUAUGUUGACCUACCUUCCUCUGCUGCUACAAUCUGACGAAAUAGUGCCACUUAUGUCGGAUUCUUCUUUUCAGGACUAACUUCCGCUUGUGAGACUGCGGCUCCAUCCAUUGCAUCGUUUCUCAACGUCUGCUAUCCCAUCCUAUCUGCCAUUCUCCCGAUGCUAGUCUGGUUCUUCCCCGAGUCGCCUCGAUGGUAUGUAUCCCACUGGCAGAUGGAUAAAGCAUAUGAAUCUCUACUUCAUCUUCGCGGUGUUGAAAUCCUCGCUGCUCAGGAUCUGUGGCAAAUACAGUCCCAUAUUAGCACGGAAGAGGGGAAGUUUGGGAGAAAGAGGUUUCACACAAAACUAGUCCAGCUCAUCACCGUUCCACGCAUUAGAAGAGCUACGAUAGCAUCAUCCAUCACCAUCAUAACAGCCACACUAUCUGGGACAGGACUGCUGGUCGGAUCAUUUGAGCAACUCAUCGCGCUUUUCAUAAAUAUCUUCACAGAUGGAUAUGUCGUUCCGGCGCCGAUCAUGCCCGUAUACGUCCACCUUGCCAUCUUCAUGGCUACAAUGCUCGGCCUGGCGAUGAUCGAUAUACUCGGACGCCGUCGCGCGAUUUUCAUCAGUCUAUCAGGGCUAAUCUGUCUGCUCAUCUGGAUGCGACUGUUCUUUCCCUCGCGGCACAGCCAGAUGAUGAUGGUGCUCGUUUCCGGUUGUUUUCUAAUUAGCCUUUCGUCAAUCGGGGCGGGCUUUCUGUUCCUCUCGUAUGCGGCCAAGGUCUUUCCGAUCUACCAUCGAGGUAAUAUAAACUCUUUUCCCAUGGAGGAUUAUUUGGCUGACGAUGAUUAGAAAUCGGCAUGGCAUUUACCUUCUCCAUUUAUCAUGUCUGUCAGAAUCUGGCGAAAAUCAUGCUUAUCCUUCCCCUAGCAGUAGGAA